AUGUGCCCCAAUGUUCCUUGUGAUGGAAUUGAAAAUGAGCAUGUGAAUUAUGUUGGUAAUCAUAAUUUUGAACCUAGAUUUGAGGUUAAAAGAAAUGUUAGAAAUAGGAAUUAUCACAACCAAGUGAACUAUGAUAAUUAUAAUCAAAGUGGUGGUUGUAGAAAUCAUGGAGUCCAAGAGAUUCGUGGCGGCUAUAACAAUUAUGGUAAUAAUGGUCAAAGUCAUGGCGGAGGGCAUGGGGAUCAUAACCGAGGUUAUGGUAACCAUAGUCAACAUCAUGGCCAAAAUCAAGCUAGGGAUAAUUGGAAUAAUCAAAGUAGGGGAAAUUUUCAACCUAAUGUUCAAAGAGGUACCCCACUUGGAUCCAUUCCAAAUACUCAAGGCCCAAGUGAUAAUUUCCAUGAUCAACCAUUUUCUUCUAGGAGUUUCUUGGAAGAGGUUUUUGAGAAACAAGCCAAUUUACUAGAAUGUUACAUGGCCGUGAAUGAUGAGAAGUUUAUUGACAUGUUGAUUCAAAAUAAGGAGUUAGGAACCCGACUUUCUCAAUUGGCUAGUGACUUUAAGGAAUUUAAGAAUUCUUCUUCUUCUUUGACUUCAUUGAACUUAGAUUCUAAGAACCCUAUGGAUGCAAUUGUCACUAGGAGUGGCAGGGUCCUUGAGAGUGGAGUACCUAAGAAGAGUGAUGCUAGAGAGAGUACUAGCAAGAGCCCGAUUGAGAUUGAAGGACAUGAGAGUCCCAUAAUUGAGAAAAUUGAGGAGGAACAAGUAGAAAGAGUGAAAGAGAAAGAGAAAGAACUUUACAAGCCCAAGCUCCCUUAUCCCCAAAAGUAUAAUAGGCACAAAUUGGAUGAGAAAUUUGGAAAAUUCAUAGAGAUUCUUUAUUAA